ACUCUGAACCCGGAAGUGGAAUGACCGUUGAGUGCCUGAACUAAAACUAGUUUCAUUUAACGUGAAGAUGCUAACUAGCUAGCCAAAAGAAACUACCAUCGUGUGACAUGCGUGCUUCGACAACAUCGAAUAAGACAGGUGCCUGUUCCAGUGUUGGCACUGUAGCUGCAGUGAAACUGAAGCUCUGACAGUUUUCAAGCUUCGCCUGCAGAACUUCUCAAUGAGGUACAGAGGAGCUCAGAUCUGUCUCUGGGCUCAUGGCUCCUGCUGUGCGACCCGCCUGUCAGUGCCUGGCAGAAUCACUCUGGUACGAACAUACAGUGCUCAACAUCAGCCCGGACCCUCCCCACCCACUAACCCCACCCCUCCUGAUGGGAAGGGGGGAGCUGAGGUAGUGAAGGAGCGCGCACUGGCUGCCUUUCGGUAUGCAGGUGAGUUGGGGCGCCAGUGGGGUCAGAGGUCAGCUCAGACAGCCACCGCCUCAGUCAACUACUGGUGGGGAAGGUACGAGGAGUUUGUCGGGCUCAACGAGGUCCGUGAGGCCCAGACCAAAGUCACUGAGGCUGAGGCAGCAUUCAUGGUGGCCAGAGGGAUGGUGCGCGAGGCUCAUACUAGCCUGGAGGCCCUGCAGGUCAGGUUGAAGGAGGUCAGAGACCGUCUGGACCGAGUCUCCAGGGAAGACGCUCAUUACCUGGAGCUCGCCACGCAGGAGCACAAACUGUUGCAGGAGGAGCGUCGUCUCCGGACAGCGUACGAGAACGCAGAGAGUUCUGAGAGGGAGAAGUUCGCCUUGUUCUCAGCAGGCGUCAGGGAGAGCCACGAGAAGGAGAGGACGAGAGCCGAACGCACCAAGAACUGGUCCGUCAUCGGCUCGGUUCUCGGAGCGAUGAUCGGGGUCAUGGGAUCGACAUAUGUAAACCGUGUCCGCCUGCAGGAGCUGAAGACCCUGCUGCUGGAGGCCCAGAAAGGUCCAGAGAGCCUGCAGGAAGCCCUCAGAGUCCAGGCGGGAAACCAUCGCUCCCAGCAGGACGAGCUCCGGAUGCUCAUCGACAGCCUCAGGGGUGCUCUGAACGACGCCUUCACUCAGAGGGACAUCGUCCUUCAGGACAAGCGAGGUCCAACCUCAGACUCACCCACGGUGCCUCUUUCAGCCUUAACAGACCUCCGGCUCAGCAGCCAAAAGACAGGGUCCCUCCUCGAGUCCCUUCCACCACAACUGGAGCAACUGGAGCAGGGACUGGGGAGAGUUGAGGGUGAAUUGUCAGUGGUGAGGAAACUGAUGGAGACCAGACCUCAGGCUGAACCUCAGGCUGAACCUCAGGCUGAACCUCAGGCUGGUCAGCUGCAGGUAGCAGCACCUGAGAGACCAGCACGAGGGGACCAGUGGGAGCCUGAGGCGGUGGUGAGGCGUCUGGAGGAGACCCAGAGGACGCUGGGAGAACGAAUCAGGACCAACAAUCUUUAUAACGCGGUGUUUACCUACACCGCCACCGUCAUCACCGUCUCUGCUGUCUACCUGCUGCUCAGAGGAGCUGGUUAGACAGGAUGCUCCAGUUUGAAUGUUCACAUGCACUGAAACAAUAUCAGUCACUGGGGAUAAUAAUCCAAAUGAAUUAUGACAGAAUAGAAUAUUUCCUGAGUAGGAAGUAAUUAUAGUUACAGAUGUUGAUUCAGACUGGUCACAGUUGCUUAGUCACAGAGUGACUUUCUUAAAUAUGAUAAAUUCUGGGAUGUGAGGAAAACACAGUGACAGUUUGGUCAUAAUUCCAUCUGUGCUCAUUUAACUUCCAGCGCUCGGAAACAUUAGCAUUUAUUCUAUUACAUAGGAUCCAUGAUUGCAACUUGAUUUGUUUCUAAAUUGUUGACGUGAUAAUAAGGUUCAGAAUCAGAUUUAUCCAGAAUCAUAACCCAUCAUCACACGUUCUGAGGGGCACAGUAGAGCUGCAUUAUUUAACACUUUUCAUCAUUUACUUUGUUUAGUGUUCACGUCUUCAGAUUACUUGUCUCAUCCAUCCAACAUUACCAGAUUAAAACCACGUAGAGGUCCACUCGGGGCAAACUUGAGCUGUGGGCUCCUCUUGACCACUUCCUUUGUGAUAAUUUGAUAUACGGCUGAUUUAAUCAGGAAUAUGGAGCUUAUGAAUGAUGACACAAGGCUUAGUCAGUGAUUGAACAGUGACGAACCAGAGAAUGUUUGUCAUUUGUUCUUGAUAAAUUACUUAAAUGAGUGUCCAAAUGUUCUUCUGUCGUCCACUCAUCCAUUUAAACCUCCCUGUUGACAACUACUGAGCUUUUAUUUGGCAGAGUUAAAGCAUUUUUCCUGAUAAGAAUUCAGCCGUCUGACACUACUGCGUCUGGAGAGCAGCUUCAGUGUCCAGCACUGACACUAAUCUUACAUUUUUAGAUAAAUUGUUAUUAUAAUUGUUAUUAUAAUUGUUAUUCACCUAACAAUCUUUUCCAAACACCUUUCCACGCCUGUGACAGUCAAAACAUCAGUUCUGGACGGUACUGAGAUAUAAUUUAGCUGCUAAGUAUCUUAUUGAAUUGUGAUGGUUUAACUGCUGUAAUUGAUCAGUGCCAAGUGAGUUCUGAGCUUGAGUAUCUUCAUGCAGCCUUCUUGUCAGCAGUCGACUCAGCUGCACCACGUUCAUGAUCCCACCGCUGGGAUUCACAGUGCAAACGAUCAGUGUAAAACUCCUGAAGGAGCAAUAAUGAGAAUAAACGAACUGUGACUUUUCCUGUCUGGCCUCUUUAGAAAAGCUGUGAGUCGGACUUCUCUUGGCCUUAAUUGCUUCAGUCGCUGGUCUUUGGAUGAGUAAAGUGAAAUUCCUAAACGUUAAAUACAUGAGAAAAUGUAGAAAAAUAUUUAGAAAUGAGGUUUU